AGGAGAAUGCUCGGAAAUAUUAACCCCUUACACUGUUACCGAGAUAACUACUCUCACAUCCACACGAAACAGUAUGGGACAAUAGAGGCUAAGCGGAGGUUGGAUUUGGAGGAUCCUCUGUAUCUGCAGGGAUUCAGAACACCCAAAAGCAAAGCCAACACAGCCAGACUCUCCAGCCCAAACACGCCGAAAUCUCCGGGUGAGCGGACGCGGUACGACACCUCCCUCGGCCUGCUGACCAAAAAGUUUGUGGGUUUGCUGAGCGAGUCGGCCGAUGGCGUUCUGGACCUGAACUGGGCCACCGAGGUCCUGGAGGUCCAGAAGAGGCGAAUCUACGACAUCACCAACGUGCUGGAGGGGGUCAAACUCAUCCGCAAAAAAUCCAAAAACAACAUCCAGUGGCUGGUGAGUGGCGUGUUUGAGGGCUCACCGGCCGGUUCGGAGCGGACGAGUGCUCUACGGAGAGAACUGGCCGAGUUGGAGAGGAAAGAGAAAGUUUUGGACGAGCUCAUCCAGUCCAGCAACAGUCAGCUCCGAGAACUCACCGAAAACAAGGACAACCAGAGGUUUGGCUAUGUGACAUAUCAGGACAUUCGCUCUAUAGCGAGUCUGCAGGACCAGACAGUCAUUGCUGUCAAAGCUCCUUCGGGGACCAAACUAGAGCUGCCAGAAGCAACUGAGCAUGGCACUAUGCAGAUUUACCUGAAGAGCAGGAACGGAGCUAUUGAGGUGUACCUGUGUCCAGAGGAGGGUCUGGAAGACUUCAGCCCGGUGAAGGCUGCCAGAAAGGACUUUACUAAUGGGGUCACACAUACGACCCACAGCAACACUCCACAUCACACCCCCAACACACCGUACACCCCUAAACAGCAGCACGGCACUGAAGCCAUUCACGCUAAAGCCCAGCCCUCGACAGACGGCAGCAGCACUGGCGCCACCCUGCUGGAUGUGGAGGGAAUUUUGGGUCUCCCUCCCAGCCUCCUCCAAAUUACUGAAGAUCAGCUGCCCGGCACGGCCUUCACCCCUGACCCCUCAUUUGUCAGUUUCUCACCCCCCCUCAACCACGACGACUACCUCUGGGGGCUGGAUGACGGAGAGGGUGUUUCGGACUUUUUCGACACCUACGAUCUGGGAGAUCUGUUGAAAAGUUGAGCCAAAGGACCCGAUGGAGUUGUCCUUCCCUGAAUUUGUGUGAACGGCAGCUGAAAAUACCCCACUUGAAAAUGUAAUAUAUUCAAAAUAUAUUCAAAUGAUGGAAUACAUUGACAGUAUGUUGGAACAUGUUCCAUUUUCCCUAUGGAACGAACUGGAUGGGCAUCUUUUUAAUCUUUUUGAAUCACUUCUGGAUUCUGGACAGCAAGUGAAGACCCAAAAUGUCUCACGUUAGCUUUUCAGCUUUUAGAUUUCCAGAUUCAAACCCUGAAAUAGUCCAUGAAAUACUCUGAACUCAGAAUUGAUAUCAGUUCUGAAGCUCAAACAUGAUUGGUUUAGCUUAUUUUAGUAUUUAGCUUUUAGAUACAAGGUUAAAAUCUUGACACAGCAGAUGAAAUUCUCUUAUCUCAGGGCUGAUCUCGAUCCUAUAGCUGAAACAUGAUUAGAUUGACUGGACAGGAGCCUCAAGAUUCAGUUCCAGAAUUGUGUCCAAGUUCUUUGUAGCAUGUUUUUUCAGGUUUAAACCUUGAAAAAGUGAUGAGAAUACUCUGAACUCAGGAUUGAUAUCAGUUCUGAAACUCAAACAUGAUUAGUUCUAAGGGUUCUGAGCAGAAACCUCUAGAAUCAGAUCCAGAAUUGAGCAAUAUUUUAGCAUUUAGCCUGUAGAUUCAAGGCUACAAUCUUGAAAUAGCAGAUGAAAUUCUCUUAUCUCCAGACUAAUCUCGAUCCUGUAGCUCAUACAUGAUUUUUUUUACGUUUCAGGUUUAAACCCUGAAAUAGUCAAUGAAAUACUCUGAACUCAGGAUUGAUAUCAGUUCUGAAGCUUUGAGGUUUCUGGGCAGGAACCUCCAGAAUCAAAUCCAGAAUUUAGCUUAUUUUAAGCUAUAUUGAAAUAGCAGGUGAAAUUUUCAUAUCUUAGGACUGAUCCGAUCCUGAACCUCAAAUAUGAUAUUUGACAGGACGGGAGCCUCUAGAUUCAGAUCUAGAAGUUUCUUUUAGCAUGUUUUUUUAAACCCUGAAAUAGUGAGCAAAAUACUCCAAUCUCAGGCUUUAACUUGAUCCUGAAGCUCAAACAUGAUCAGUUUUGAGGGAUUCAGGGAGGUUGGGUUGGAACAUCUAGAAUCAAACCCAAAAUUUAGCUACUUUUAGCUUUUAGAUACCAGGUUUAAAUCCAGUGAAAUGA